AUGGGGAAAGCUAAAAAGACGAGGAAGUUUGGUUUAAUGAAGCGUACAUUAAAUAAUAAAAAAGAUUUAAGAUUAAAAGCCAAUAAAGAAGUAUUAUCGAAAGAUAAAACGAAAAAUGAUCCAGAAUUAACCAGAAGUGUACCACAAGUAUCCAGCGCAUUGUUUUUCCAAUAUAAUCAAGCCAUAAGACCACCAUACCAAGUGCUCAUAGAUACAAAUUUCAUCAAUUUUUCUAUCCAAAAAAAAAUCGAUAUUGUUAAAGGAAUGAUGGACUGUCUUUUGGCCAAAUGUGUCCCAAUGAUUACUGAUUGUGUUAUGGCUGAAUUGGAAAAAUUAGGACCUAAAUAUAGAAUCGCCUUGAAAUUAGCCAGAGACCCAAGAAUUAAAAGAUUAAGUUGUUCACAUAGAGGUACUUAUGCAGAUGAUUGUUUAGUUCAUCGUGUAAUGCAACACAAAUGUUACAUUGUAGCUACUAACGAUGCUGCUUUAAAACAGCGUAUAAGGAAAGUUCCUGGUAUUCCAUUAAUGAGUGUUGGUGGACAUUCUUAUGUUAUUGAAAAAUUACCAGAUGUUUUUUAA